UUGGCAAGUAAAGUGGGAAGCUAACAGCUGCUACGUUGAGUCCUGUUAAGGAAAACGCCAUGUUAUUAAUCCUGAAGCCGGUAACUUGAUCGGCAACCAAUUAGAAGAGGGACAGUUGUACUCAACUAUCGACUUUAAUAAUUUAUAGGGGUCCCCAACAAACAUAAGCUAGCUAGUUUAGCCAGUUAGAGCUAACGCUAGCUGGGACCUCCUGCUGUUAGCCGGUGGAGCUAGCUCUCAGCUAAAGAAGCCGUAGGAAGUGACUCGUAAAUACCACUCUCUGCAGGGACAGGACUAUAUUUGUCUUUCUAAUGCAUAUGUUGCAUUCUCUUCACGCUACAUGAAUGUGUCAUCUACCUGGCUGGGCUGAACAGAGUCGGGCUGCGUGGAGGAGUUACGUAGAGAGCGUAGCUGUGGGCGGAUCACUGCUAGCCAGUAGCUGCUAGGAGAUCUCUGUCGGCGUUAGCCAGACGGACUAGCAAUGAAGGACAGGAUUACUCCUGCCGGGCUCUGGAUUGUGAACCUCCAGCCAUGAUUUUAUGGAGACCACCCUACAAGGCCUGAGCUGAUUUGUCAGCCUUGUGUAGGUUUGGUUUUCACCCCCCAAGUGUCCUCUGGACAUCAGCUGACCAUGGUGGUCUGAACAGAGGAAAGCCUGGCACAGUGUGUGUUCACUCUAACACAGCGAGGGGAGCAGAGACGGACCGGAGCAAAGAGAAGAAGCAUAUUUAAACACAACAUGUCUCAAAACAGAGAACUCGUGGUUUUCUACAUAAACUAUAAACUGGACCAGAGAAACUAUCCUCUCAACCACAUGGGUCUCAUAGAGCCUCCCAACAGGACUGAUGGAGGGGAGGCAGGGGUGGAGGAGGAGCAGCGGGUAGCGACGCACGCCAACGGGACUUUUAAUGGCACGAGUCCCGGGACCCCACCGGCGUCUCCGCUGCGGCAGCAACGGUUGCCAUCAACGACAAGCCUGGACGCGAUUAAAGAGGCCCUCCGAGACUCGGCCAACGAGUUCGAGCUGCGGUACGCCCGCGCCUUCAGCGAUCUGCACAACCAGCUGCACAUCACGCCGGCCACGGCCUACCAAAGCUUCGAGAACGUGAUGGAUGAGGUGUUUCGGGACGGGGUCAACUGGGGCCGCAUCGUAGGGCUUUUUGCUUUCGGCGGGGCGCUGUGCGUGGAGUGCGUGGAGAAAGAGAUGAGUCCGCUGGUGGGCAGGAUCAUUGAGUGGAUGACGGUCUACCUGGACAGACACAUUCAGCCCUGGAUCCAGAGCCAAGGAGGAUGGGAGCGCUUUGCUGAAAUCUUCGGGCAGGACGCGGCGGCAGAGAGCAGGAGGUCUCAGGAGAGUUUCAAGAAGUGGCUGCUGGCGGGGAUGACCCUGGUGACCGGAGUGGUGGUGGGCUCGCUCAUCGCCCAGAAACGCCUGUAAAAGGGAGACGCCACAACUUCCCUAACACUCACCACCCUCCUCCUCCUCCUCCUCCUCCUCCUCCACCCGCCUCCUUCACCACCCUCAACCUACACACCAACACGGAAGUUUUAAUGAAGGUCCCGUUUGUCUCGUCAGAACUGCUGAUGAUGUUUACUUUUUUUUUCCCCCCCUCCCCUCACAAAUCCCACAGUGGACUAAGAAUUCUCCCACGUUGUUGAACUUUUGAGAAAAGACGAGAAGAGAAGAGUAUUCAUGUGUUCACCUUAUUCCACCUUGAUGAAAAAUGUGCGGUUAAACAGAGACAGACGUUAUUCUUUAAUCUGAACCAAUUGUUCCUUCUAUCCUCCACUGGUUUCUUUCUUUAUGCCUGUAUGCAUUAGUUUUAACAAAUUUUGGUUUCCAUGUGUGUCCUCUGACUCUUUUUGUCUCAGACCAACCUGGUCUCACAGGAAUCCGUGAAAUAGCCACGGAUUUGCUUAGCUCAAAAUCUGUGGAAUAGCCACGGAAUCACUCUAAUUUCCGUGAAACUGACACAGUUUUCGCUACAAUGCAAGUUAAUGACAUACAGUAAUAACAUACACAGUGAUUAUAUACAUUCACUGAGUGAAUAUUUAGAAAAUAAAACAUAUAUUUCUCGCUAGAAAUGUGCUCAAAAUCCAUUUUUAUGCAGAAACUAAGUCAAAAUAUUGAUUUUUUUCACUAAAAAUGAGAGAACUGUCCGCCAUGUUUUUUGUUCUGACCACUAGAACCUUGAACAUCACGUGACUUGGAACAAACCAAUACGAAAAAAUAUCCAUGGAAUAGCCACAGGAUAUGACUGUCAUUAACUUGCAUUGUAGCGAAAUCCGUGUCAGUUUCACAGAAAUUUGAGUGAUUCCGUGGCUAUUCCACGGAUUUUGAGUUAAGCGAAUCCGUGGCUAUUCCACAGAUUCCUGUGAGACCAGGUUGGUCUCAGAAGACAGUUUUCAGUGUGUUGAGGGGCUGCUCCACACGUCGGCAGCUUGUCUGGUUGCCCGUCCCCACAGACAGCUCUACAAUAGCUCAGUAUGUGCCAUAUGGAGAGUGAAAGCAGGGCAGGCUGUAGCACCUGCCCCUGAACCGCUUCUGUAGUUCCCAGCCACCGUGAUCACCAACACAUCCAGUAUAACACCAUAAUCCAUGAGUCCAUACACUUAUUGUUUCGUCUUGUGUCGUGCGAAUGGUAAAUGAGAGAUUUUAGUUAACAUGGGAGUCUUAAACUAAAUAUCUAAUGGGAAACUAACGAACUCCUCUGCUUGUUUGUGUGUUGGUGCGUUUGGUUUUGGAUUUGUGAACCAUUAAAACCCCAGUGCUCCCGCUGAUCUGUGCUUCAUGGUCAUAUAAUACUUGGCCUUGAUCCGAUCCUGUUUGUGUUUAGUCAGCCUGCCGAGUGCCAGACCCACUGUGUGUGUGUGUGGCAAGUUCUCCCAAUCAGUGCAACUGCAGUUCAUACACGCGGGGCGCCGUGGCUCACACCCUCCAUGUUUACUACACAGUAGCUGAGGAAUGCAGCAAAUUCUGUAGCAACACACAGAAGAGACAGAGCAGCAACACUCAGACAGCAUGAAGGACUCUUCAGGGGGGAACGUUUUGAUUUUGGCAACACUUUUUGCCCCUAUUCAGCAUCGAUAAGCAGCAUAUAAACACUUUAACCAAUGUAUUUGUCAACAACUAUAACUUCUCCUAUGAUGCAUCCAUAACUGCUAUAUAAACAGUAAAGGAAUGACAAGAUAAUCAUAUUUAAUGAUAUAUUAUCACCAAUAUGAACAAAUCCUUACAGUUUGAUAUUAGACAUUUAUUAACGGUUUAUACUAGGGCGGCUCCCUCUUAGUUCAUUUUUGCUUUUUUCAUGUUUAAUGGCUUAUUUCCAAGAAACACAUGAGCACAUCUUUCAUAAAACAAGAUUAAAAGCGGUGCUUUGGCUUGAGUCUUCGUGGGCGAAACACGUACUUUUAAAGAUUAAUCAAUAUAAUCAAAAUAAUUGAUUAAAGAUGAGAGUGUUGGUCAGCUCUAGUGUUACACAUGAAGACAUCAUUUACAGGUUUUAUGAAGCCAUGUUGAUUCUUGACGUCAGAAAUAGUAAAGAGGUUCUGUUAUUUAAAUAAAUAACUAAUUGGUAGCUUAUGAAAUCAGAUAAUUAGAUCGGCCAAUAGCUACAUAUGACACAGAUAAAAAAAUAGAUUUUUUUCUUUCAUGUCAAGGUACAAACUCAGUGGGACAUUUUCUAUUUAAAAAGUCAGCUAUCAGUGCUCUCUGGUGGUCAAACUAUGUAAUGUGACGCUGUUUCAAACCUAGUUUAUCAUUUCUGUUCUGCAGUUGGUUGUUACUGAUCAAUGUAUAUAUAUUGAUCCAGAUAAAUCUGCCAUUAGCUCACAUCAGCCCAUAUAUUGCAGGCCAAUUUAUUCAUAAGAAAUAUUGCUGUUCAUUCAUUAUCUGUUCAUAGUCCAGUUAUAGGUGCACCAAGUUCUAUUGUUGAAGAAAUACAUAAAUAAACCCUCGAAAUGUCUUAAAAUUGGUUUACAACUACAUUGUAGUGAGUUAUAAACAAUGGGUAACACUCUCUAUGAUGCAUUAUAAACAUACUUAAUCUGCUAAUAACGCUGUAUACUUCUAAGCACUCAAAAAUAUUUAUAAUGCUUUAUAACGAUAAUCAAAACACAUCUUAAAUCAUUUUCUAAUUCCUUGUGAAGUCAAGAUUCAUAAUGCUAUAUAUUAUGUGUUAAGUAUGUUUAUACGUUGCAUCAUAGUGUUACUAAACAAUGUAUUCAUUGCUUAUAGAGGUGAACACAAUUAGUCGUUUGAUAAGUAGACAGUUAAUGAUUGAUAAUUAUCAAGCAAGAAUAACAAAAUACACUGGUUCCAGCUUCUUAAAUGUGAGGAUUUGCUGCUUUUCUCUAAUGUCAUGUUAUACAAUUGUAAAUUAAAUAUCUUUGGACAAAUUUC